AUGCCGUUCACAGUUCUUACCGACGCCGAGGUGCGGAAGAUGCUCAUCUCGCUAAACAAAGAGGAUGCCGAGGCGUUACAGCAAAGCCUGGCCGAAGCACUGCACUCGUACUCCACAGGCGACACGAAUUCACCCUGUUCGUCGUCCUUCCAGCCGCAGCGGACGGUUAUCCGUAAGAAUGGAGUGACCACGCUGUUCAUGCCGGCCUCGACGGGCACCACAGUCGGGAUGAAGAUCGUGUCGAUGGAACAGGCGGAGGAUCCUGACCCUGAUCCCAGCGAUCCUCCUCUGUAUCACCACCAUACGGCCCCUUUUGGCUCGGCCUCGGCCCCUUCCCAACCAAAUAGUAAAAAGUCUUCAUUGUCAUCGACCACGCCCUCACACUCGCGAUCAAACAGCCACGCCAGAACUCCAUCAGGCAACUACAAUCACAACCACCACAACAGCAUCUCGCGAACCACGACUGGGUCAUCUAGCCGGGCCAAGUCACCGGGUGCCAGGCUGCCGGAUCUAGGCAGUUUGACACUGACAUCGACGCCAGCAUCCGCAUCGACUGUCUCUGUAAGUAGCACUGGCCGAGACUCAAUCGACGGAGCCACGUUUGAACCUCCGGCGUCGAUGUCCACCACUCACAGCACGACUCCGCGCGGUUCAGUAACCCUGCUGGACGCGACCGGUAUCCCAAUGGGGAUUGUAAACGCAGAAGAACUGACGGCGUUCCGGACCGCGUUGGCAGCGACAAUCAUGCUACGGCGACGGACGCACGUACACACGAUCACAGUGUUCGGAGCAGGCAAACAAGCGUACUGGCAUAUCCGACUGGCACUGCUUCUCAAGGGCGACGAGAUUCGACACGUCAACAUCAUCAACCGCACGUUUGACCGGUGCAUCAAGCUCAUGCAGGCGUUCCAGUUCUCCGAAACCGAGUCGCGGCCUGAAUGGCGGUCGACCAUCAAAUUCUCGGCCAUGAGUCCUGGCUUCAACGACUACGGCCGCCUGCUCAAGGAAGAGGUGCGCAAGGCCGAUGUCAUCUUCUGCUGCACCCCAUCAGUUGAUCCUUUGUUCCCCGCCGAAUUCUUGAUCUCUCCACAAGGCGAGCGCAAGGGCCGAUAUAUUUCGUGCAUCGGCUCGUACGCGCCGCACAUGUGCGAGAUCCACCCGGACGUCUUCCGCCGCGCCGUCGAGCCCCAUCGGCCUGGGCAUCGUCACCACCACAAACACGCCCAGCAAGGCGGCGUGAUCAUCGUCGACAGUCUAGAGUUCUGUCUUCAGGAGGCCGGUGAGAUCAUCCAGGCGAAACUGAAACCCGAACAUCUCGUCGAAAUCGGCGAGUUAAUGAUGAUCAAGAAGGCCGUCACCGCGGAGUCGGAGUCCGGCGGCUCCGGCGAACAGGGCCUCGCCGAUUGGCUGUCCCGCGGUAAUGUCAUCUACAAGAGUGUCGGCAUGGGGCUGAUGGAUUUGGUCGUCGCCGGCGACUUGAUUGCCAUGGCCAGGGAAAGAGAUAUGGGGACUACUGUUGAGGACUUUUGA